AUGAAACCUUGUACGGUGUCAAAACAAUGCAACUGUAACAUUGGCAUUGCAACUCCCAGCCUUGCCGACCUCGCAUGCUCUCUGAACGGAAGACUCAAAACCGCCGGCCCUGAAUCACACUGGAAUCACGCCUUGUUGCGACUUGGCCGCCAUUAUUCUUUUGUUUUUGUUUAUAUCCCCGCGCGGUCCGACUCCACUGGACACAAAAUGGGCAGCCGGUCAUGUCUACGGAUCGAUCGUGAACGCAACAAAACCGAUGGAGAUCUGAUUCAAUAUCUCCAGAGCCGCGCGCGCCUCAUAAGAAGAUGGGUUUGUCGUCGGUUUUUCGCUUGCCGACCCACACUUCGCCGCAAAAUGACCACCACUGGCAUCUCUCCCACUUUCACUGCCCCCGAACCCACGGUCGCUUCGACCAAGCCUGUCGAGGACAGCAAGCCAACAUCCUUCGACCUCCCCGACCUCGUUGGGCAUUGCAACUACGAGCUAUUUUAUAACCCCGAGGGCGAUCCAGUCGCUGCCCAAUCUGUUAACUGGCUCGACUCAAACUGUCCCAUCCUCAACACGAAGCAGCGAGUUGCUUUGAAGGGUCUCAAAGCUGGCGAACUUACGGCCCAUUGCUACUAUACGGCGCCCCCCGACCGCCUUCGUGUAAUUUCGGACUUCAUGAACUACCUCUUCCAUCUUGAUAACAUCAGUGACGGGAUGAUGACCACCGACACCGAAGUUCUGUCGGAUGCGGUCAUGAAUGCCCUCGAAUUUCCCCACUUCUAUCGCCCUACCUCUUUCCGCGGCAAAGAGCAGCCCGCAGACGAAUUGAAUGCCGGAAAACUUGCUCGAGACUUCUGGGCUCGUGCCAUCGAGACCCACGGCCCUGGCUGGCAGGGACGUUUCAAAGAGACCUUCGAGAUGUUCUUCGAGGCAGUCAACGUUCAAGCCAAAUGGCGCGACUCUGAUAUCGUUCCUGAUUUGGAAACCUACAUUGCGAUCCGCCGCGACACCUCUGGAUGCAAACCUUGCUGGGCUCUGGUCGAAUACGGCCUAGACAUUGAUCUCCCCGACUUCGUUGCGGAGAACCCCGUGAUUAUGUCACUGAACCAGUCGACCAACGACCUUGUUACUUGGUCUAAUGAUAUAUUUUCGUAUAAUGUUGAACAAUCCCGCGGCGACACCCACAACAUGAUCGUCAUCCUCAUGAAGUACCACGGUCACACUCUUCAGAGUGCCGUCGACUAUGUUGGCGAGCUUUGUCGUCUUACCAUUGACGCCUUCCAACGCGACCGCUUCGAAGUGCCCUCAUGGGGCCCGGAGAUCGAUGAGAUGGUGCAAAAGUACAUUGGUGGGCUCGAAGCCUGGAUUGUUGGCUCGCUCCACUGGAGCUUUAUGACCGAGCGUUACUUCGCUAAAAAAGGCGACGAGGUCAAGAAAAAUCGUUUCGUCGGCUUGCUUCCCUUAGCCAAGAUCGAGCUCAACAGAGUUCGUCAAACCCGUCAAUUCGAGUUGACCCAGGUCAACAUCAACGCGCCGGAGAACGCUUCUUGGAAGAAGAAGUAUGUUUAUUGGAUACCUGCACUACACUUGGACGGGCAAGAGAUAGCGAAAGGGCGCUGGGACGGGAAAGACGUGAUCAAAGCACUCGAAGAAUGGGAGAAGACGCAGAAGACAGACAGUAGCAUGACUGCGCGGCUGUAUACGAAAACUAAACCCAAACAGGAUCAGAUUCUUCCUUACUUCAGCGAGGCUCAACCCAUCUUCUCUGGACUAUGGGAGCCUUCUGGAAUCUAUGAGCGCUACGAAGCUAUAUCCGACUUGAUGUCGGACGACAUUCACCCACUUGAAACUAGUCAUGUCAUCUCAACCUGCCCAUACCCCCUCGACAAACCACUCAUCGCUCUCUCUCGACAAAUACACGAAUUCCAACGCCAACAGAAUGGAGAUAGCGACUCCCCACGUAGCCUGCGGGAACUUGCGGAAAGACUUGAGCGUGUUUCGUGGUCCUCGAUAUUUGCGCCGGGGACAGUCGGGUCCGAAUUACGAAAGGCGCUGAGAUGGGGUGACCGGAAUCAAGAAGAUUCGGGCGACGACGAUGGCUAUGGCUAUGAAUGGCUAUCGCAUAUGGCGCUAUGGGGUUAUCCUCCGGGUUGGGUUUCUACAAAAGACCCGCGAGAAAAGAUGCGUGCUCGCAUUAUGCGGGAGCCAGAAACCCCGACUGAGGACGCAGAUGAUGAGUCAGAAGAUAUGAUCAAGAUUUGGGGCGAAAAUGGGGAAGAGGACGUUGUUUUGGCCAUGCCAACAGUGGAUGCGGGGUUGUCUUCGAAUACUAAAGAGCCGGAAACUCAAUUUUCUCACCCCAGACGUUGGGCUCAUUAUCCACGGGCGUAUUUCGCUUGGGAGUGCUUGACCAUCUACAACGGCGUUCUUCUUAGCCAGCGCGACGCUGACGCGGACCGUGUUGUGCCCUCCAUUCUGCCGACUCCAAGAAAUACCGCACCGCCACCGCCAUCUUCGUCUCCCCCGCCAUUGCCUCCAUCACUCCCUGAAUGGAUCAACAGCAAUAAUGACGGAGAAGAAGAAAUGGACCUUUCGGAUUGA